AACCAACCUUUAACCGAGUUAAGUUGUUUAGAAUUUUUAACCAGGUUUCUAAAAAAUAAACCCAGUUAACUCUCUUAGUGCGGCCGCAGCCAGUGUCGGAUUAGAUGUCAGUCUAGUGUCAGAUAAAUUGCGAUUAAAACAUUUAAAAACUUACCUUUCCCGAAGCGUAGGCUGUGAGAGACAGACAUGGUAACCGCGUCCGAAUUAUGACACCAGGCAUACUUUUUCCAACCACGGGGCCGCUUCGCACGAUCAAUAGCCCGAUCGGGUGAUUGUACCAUGGCCAGGCAUCAAAUCCCCGCCUCUUGCCCGCAAUCAACAUUGGUUGUUGCACUCAGAGAGAUCGUGUGAUCGUCCGUUUGAGGGUAGUCGGUCUUAUGAGAACUGUUGUUGUUGACAGACGUUUCGAUAACCUGAGCGGGAGUCAUCUUCACAGUCAAGUGAAAAGUAUUUUUCACUCGAUGGUGUUAUACUAGCUCAUUGAAACUGAUUGCAGUGAUUGGUCAGUUCAGCCGCGUGGUGGUAUUGGCUGAAAGACUCGUGUAAGGUAUUGUAAGGCUUCCGACAUAAGCGAACUUGCUGUAAAAUAGUUUGUCAGCGGUUUCUUUAACUGACUGAUGGUGCGUUAUGUAAUGCAACAAUUAUGUAAUACCGAGUAACAACAAACAUGGCGACCUGUGUUCUUCAGAGAUUUUGUCACAUUUUGUCUCGCAAUACGUGUACAUCCCUGGUGCUGUUACGAGGAUAUCCCUUCCUUAAACAGGCAGGCCGUAUGCUCUGCACACCAGCAUCCAGCAUGAAAGUCAAGGACUGUUAUCUUCUUCUCGGCGUGGACUGGAGUGCAACUGUUGUGGAUGUUCGUGAAGCAUACUUGCGACUAGCCAAGCAGUAUCACCCAGAUUGUGGGAGAAAAACAGCUGAUGCUGGCAAAUUUGCGCGAAUAGAACAGGCGUACAGAGUGGUCAUGGAUCAUGUAACUACUGCGGCCCAGGAAGGGCCUGAAGUCAGCGAUCAAGACUUCGAGAAAGAAAUAUUUGAUAUUCAUCACACUGCUCCACAGCAUAGGCAAUACCUAGAGUAUGAAGGUAUUGGGUUUGGUUCACCUUCAACGAGACAAAAGCAAUACCAAAACUACAGGGUGCAGAGGGCUUCAGACAAAGUGAUUGAUCAUAAGACUCGACAGUUUGGCAAUCAAGAAACAUCCAUUGCUGAACCUGAAAAGAGGGCGAUAAGACGGUCAAAGUACUCCAAGGUCAUUGACAGACUGGUUGAGGAUCUCAUCCAGGAGGCUAUGUCUAAAGGGGAAUUUAAAAAUCUAUCUGGGAGUGGAAAACCACUUAAGCUUGAACAAGAGCUGUAUGUUGACUCUACAACUCGGAGGCUCAAUAAAGUACUGAUAGAUUCAGGAUUUGCGCCGGAAUGGAUUUCACUCGACAAGGAAAUACGACAUGAUAUCAAAGGGCUCAGAGAUGGUUUAUUGACAAAAAGGGCAAAACUCGGACCUAAUCCACUGACAUUGGAAGCUUCUAUCACAUGGGAGCAGAAUUUGAAGGAAUUCGAGGAGAAGUUACCCACCAUUAAUCAGAAAAUCGAUAAAUUUAACAUGAUCGUCCCCAUUCUCAAUAAACAACGAGUUCAUGUUAAUUUCCAAAAGGAAGUCGACAGAACAGUGGAGAACUGCGGUUAUGGAUCAGUAACUGACAGUGACUUUCAAACGAAUUCCUGUGAGAGAGAAAACAAAGAUGAACGUAAUAGAGUUAACUUGACGUUUAUUCAAAGGCUGCUCGAAAAAUGCAGAGUUAGGUUUUUAAAAAUAUUCAGUGAGAAUGGUAACACAUCAUGAAGGAGAAAUUUAGGGCGAUAAAGCUUCUUUAUUCAUCUGCCAUGGGAAGAAAUGGGAUUAUCUAUCCUCAUUCGUCGAGAAAACGCGCCUCAAGACUUAUCCCCUCAACUGCGACCAACACUGCGCUUAUAAGUUGCCAUACGCUUGACCGUCAAGACGCCAGGUUUGAGAUCAAACGCGUGCGUCAAAUGUACACCAUUUUUUGUGUUAUGUUGUUGUUAUUUUUUGUCACAGUCCGGAAGUAGCUCCAUUCACGGAUUCGGCUUCAGAUGUCAUCAGGAAGAACAGCAGCCAGUUUUGGCCCCUGUCCUUAGCUGCCCACUGCCAUGGCGAGGUCCCUUCCUAGUGAAUCAGUUGAAGACGAAUUUGGCCGCAUAAUUCGUGUAAACUCCGGAUUUGUACUUGGGCGGUUAAUCCUUCUCAGGCAGACAAAUUUCCCGUCUCUGUCGACUAAUUCAUCUCGGACGGAUAAUUCGUCCCUAGUAUAAAUUCGGCCAUUACAAGCCUAACCGCGCUUCAUCGUCUCUCUUCAAUCAAUAAAUACGAAGUUCUCUCUGUCACCUAUUGUAGAAAAGCCACCGAUGCUUUCAUUCUCGAAUGUUAAAUUCAAACCCACCGCGUCACGUUUUCCAGUUGUAGGAUAACAUAACCACGGCAAGUGACGGCAAGGUGACAAUGCUCUGGAGUCCAGCCAGCCUCUCUGCGAACGCCAGUCAGCUUCUCGUGAUUCCUGUUUCUCAGAUCUCUUGCACUUCCAAAGUUCUCAUUCCAAGGCACUGUUAAUUUAAGCUGGAUUACUCGGCUGGCAUAAUCACUUCACACUGCUACAUCUGGAAGUUGGCUAGUUAUUAGAAACCGUAAGCAAAUCACGACGGUAACGGCAACUAGAAAGUCGGCAAUCAAAACGUUAACUGAGCAGAACAAUGGCUUAGCACGUGCAUUAGAAAUCAUUGUGCUUUUCGUAGCCGUCUUUUGCAAAACAACAACGGGAAUUGCCAAGCUUUAAGUAUUUUGGAGAACGUGGAUCACGCGCGACGGCUAGGUUUUCGUAUUUCCUUUGAAAUUGAUUGCUGGUGAUACAUAUUUUGUUUGAGCAGGUUUUUAGACCGAAAUUGGAGGGUAAAAUCUAAAUCCCUUUUUUGGUAGCCGUCGUCCGUGGCGUCGCCAUUAUCAUUGCUUAAGCUCCCUAACAUGAUACUGACAUGAUAGGAAAACCGAACUUGUUGCCUGCCACCUCUGGUCCACUAUUUCUGUCUUUGGAGGUGGUUUAGAAAUUCUCCUAUCCCCUACUCGGUGAAACACAAUUCUGCAUUUAGCAUUGACGAGACGGGUUUUAUUUUUUCAUCCAUCCGUCUGUUAAACGCCGUCAGCAAAAUUCCUAACGCUAUGCAAAUGUACUGGAAAAGCGCGCUCUGGGCAAACGUGUUACAGGUGUUAUUUUCGAGUUCGAAAUUUUUGUACCGGUCUUUGUAUUUGUAUUCCGUUUUUAAAAUGUCUUCAGUGUACCGUUGUGGAGGUUAUGCUUUACACUGUACUCUAUUUUUGCAAGAACGUCUUAUUUUGUGCUGAAGCUUGACGCUCCAAAUUCUUCGAGGAUUUGAGCCUGAAAGUUGCUAAAAUGCACCGUAAAUCAUUGUUAAAUACAUUGAAACCAUACAUGGUCAUGUCGCUACGUUCAGGACUAAAAUACUUCCAAUUGGAUUUGAAUACGAUUGAUUUAUAAUUCUGUUCCUGCAUUAAUUGGUUAUUUUCUCAGCAAUUGGCAAAAAAUUCAGUUUUCGCCCCAAUCUUAGCCUUUUAAUAUACGUUCCAAGCAUGUUAAAAAAAUUUGGCUCUCCCAGCCUUAGGUCUUACUACAAAAAAGAAUAUACUGAACAAUUUGAAGAGGCAGAGGCGCGACUUCAGACACAACUUAAAGCGAGUUUCAAUUAGUGCAGCAAAUUUAUUUGACUUUCCGUAGGAGGAAGGUAAAUUCCUAAAGAUAAACAUAAAACGAAUUACUACAAAUAACUAACCGAAGA